AUGGCUCGAAAGCUUUCCAGCCUCCUUGCCACCGCACUAACGGUAGCCACUGGCGUGGUCGGACAUGGACAUGUCAACAACAUUAUCGUCAACGGGGUGUACUAUCAGGGCUAUGAUCCGACAUCAUUUCCAUACAUGCCAAACCCGCCCAUUGUGAUAGGCUGGACGGCUGCGGAUCUUGACAAUGGCUUUGUUGCACCCGACGCAUAUCAGGGCCCUGAUAUUGUCUGCCACAAGAAUGCUACCAAUGCUAAGGGCCAUGCAUCUGUCAAGGCCGGAGAUACUAUUCUACUUCAGUGGCUGCCGCUUCCGUGGCCACACCCGGGCCCUAUCGUCGACUACUUAGCAAACUGCAAUGGCGAUUGCGAGACUGUGGAUAAGACGACGCUUGAAUUCUUCAAGAUUGAUGGCGUUGGUCUCAUCAGCGGGGCGGAUCCGGGCAACUGGGCCCAGAACGUGCUCGUUACCAACAACAAUACCUGGGUUGUGCAGAUCCCCAAAGAUCUACAGACGGGCAACUACGUGCUACGCCACGAACUCAUCGCCUUACACAGCUCUGGACAGCCGGACGGCGCCCAGAACUACCCCCAGUGCUUCAACCUCGCCGUCACAGGCACUGGAUCACUGCAGCCUACCGGUGUCCUAGCGACCGACCUUUACCACGAAUCUGACCCUGGUAUUCUCGUCAACAUCUACACCAGCUCCCUUGCCUAUACUAUGCCCGGUCCUACAACGGCUACAAGCAGCGCCACCAUUCCUGGUGGUGGAGGCUCAUCAAGCAGCAGACCUUCAUCUGCUACGAGAACCUCGUCGGGGGCUACAUCUAGACCCACCUCUUCCUCUGUUCGCACAACGUCUGCACCCGCUGGCGGCCCAACUCAGACUUUAUACGGCCAGUGCGGUGGCAGUGGCUACUCUGGCCCGACUAUCUGCGCCUCGCCCGCCGUUUGCACUACCUUGAACCCCUACUAUGCUCAGUGCGUUUCCAGAUAG